AUGGCUACAAGUACAUCAGCAUCUCGGAAGAACUUCAUUGCCAUUUGUCAAAUGACGAACGACAAUAACCUGGAUGCCAACUGGAAGGUGGCCAGCGACAUGAUCGAGCAGGCCAAAGCACGCAAUUGCCAGAUGGUCUUCUUCCCAGAGUGCGUGGACUAUGUGGGCCGGACGCGGGAAGAAGAGGUAUCAUUGGCAAUUGAAGAGGGCGGAGAGUUCAUCAACCGGUUCCGAGAUUUGGCGAAAAAGCAUGGGAUCUGGAUCAGUCUCGGAGGGUUCCAUCGCAAGGACGGUGACAAAUUGCCCUUCAAUACGCACUUGGUGCUGAAUGGAAAUGGGGAGACGGCAGCAAGGUACGACAAACUGCACCUGUUCGAUUUGGAGAUCCCGGGGAAGGUGCGGUUGAUGGAGAGUGAAUUUAGUAAGGCCGGCACUGGGAUGGUCGCUCCAGUCGAAACGCCCGUCGGGAAGUUGGGGCUCUCAAUUUGCUACGAUAUUCGUUUCCCGGAGCUCUCGAUUUGGAACCGAAAACGAGGAGCUCAGAUUCUCUCCUUUCCGUCGGCUUUUACGGUGAACACGGGUUUGGCGCAUUGGGAGACAUUACUUCGCGCACGAGCCAUCGAAAAUCAAUGCUACGUGGUGGCUGCAGCUCAGACGGGAAAGCACAACGACAAACGCUCGAGCUACGGCCAUGCAAUGGUCGUCGACCCGUGGGGCGCCAUCAUCGCCCAGUGCAGCGAGAGAGUGGGCAUGGCGUUCGCCGAAAUCGACCUCGACUAUGUCGACGAAUUGCGCCAGAUGCAGCCCGUGUACUCGCAUCGAAGAGGCGAACUGUAUUCACUACACGCCAACGAGACUCGAGCUACCAACGAGGAGCUGAAGUUUGCCCAGCAUCCGAUCAAGCCGGAUUUCAUCUUUGCCCGCUCCGCGCAUUCGUUCGCAUUUGUUAACCUGAAGCCGGUGUUGGACGGGCAUGUUCUCGUGUCGCCGGUGAGGGUUGCCAAGCGGCUAAACGAUUUGACGGAUGAAGAGACGGCUGAUUUGUUUGUGCUUUGCAAGAAGGUCCAACGAAUGCUGGAAUCGCAUCACAACGUUGACUCGUCUACCGUAUGCGUACAGGAUGGUCCGAAAUCCGGGCAAACUGUUGAGCACGUCCACGUCCAUAUUCUGCCCCGGAAAGCCGGUGACUUUGGUGGGUCAAGCGACACGGUGUACCAGGAGCUGUCCAAACAUGAUGUCGACGAUCGAAAACCACGGACUGACGAGCAGAUGGCCACCGAGGCUGCGACGUAUCGCGAGAAACUUAAAAAUUGC